AUGGAGGCACAAGCCUGGAAGACGGGCGGCUGCCUUACGGCUUCCCCGGAGACUUUGGCGAAGAACUGGGAGAGUCGAAAGGCAUUCGUCCUAGCACCAUGGCAAGCGCCGCCAGAGGUGAUAAUCGAGGAUAGAGAUGUCGCAGUGGACCGUCAUAAUCAGAUCCUGUUCAAGACCUCAAGGGACAGACCCCUGAUUCUGUAUACUGACAGAAACGGUAUCGAAGGAAAAGUGGGCGCAGCCGUAGUCGUUAAUCUGGAGGAUCAUAUCGCUCACAGCCAAUUGGGCGAUGAUGAUACAUCCACUGUAUACGCUGCGGAGCUUCGCACAAUAGGGAUGGGACUCGCGUUAGUCCUGAACAGCACCGAGCCCUAG